CAUGCGCCACUUCUCAGUCCACCUGGGUGCAGGGCCGCGGUGGUGGGUUUGAUGCCCCCCAUGCCGCCUACAUGUCUACUAGUGCAGAGGGCAGCGGCGUGGGGAAACCAUCAGAGCCCCCUGUGGCCGGCACGCGGUCCAAACCUGUGUCGGGUACUGAAGUAGUGUCUGCGGCUCAGAGUGGGUGUGCCCAUCUGAGCUUUGAAUUCCAACUGGCGGAGCAGACAACGGUUGUGUGGGAAACUGUUGUAGUUGGCCGUCGCCUCUACUUGUCAAUUGUGCACUUACCAGAGGGCAGCAAGGAGGCGUUUGUGUCACUGCUGGAGUAUGCUGAGGAAGUCCUUGGCUGCUCUCAUGUGCUAAUCUGCUUCAAGAAGGAUCGCAGUGAUCGAGCUAUGCUCAUCCGCACCUUCAUGUUCCUCGGGUUUGAGGCCAUUCCACCUGGCCAUCCGAUGGCACCCGCCAACAGUGAUCACUUCUACAUGCUCUAUGAGAUCGAGUAGUAUUGUCACAGGUCAAUGUUUCUGUAUUGUGGUUGGGUU